UUUUUUGUUGCCUUUUUCCCGCUGUACACCAAACCGUGGUGUGAACCGAGCCGUGACUUCUGUGUACCGUCACACCCCUAGCACACAGCCAUGGCAGAUAAAGGGAGUCAUUAGUUUCUCCGUCAAUAUCCGAGGGAGGCACAAGUCAAACACAUUCUCCCGAGGCACACAUGCGCUCAAAGGGCAGGGUCACUGCUGUUCUCAUUCUUGUCUCUGAUUGGACACCGCAUCUUUACGGCGCAAUGUGCCCGCUGCUAUCAGGAUGUUCCGCUCCUCAUCCGUUCAGUGAACGAGGAGACAACUGCGAUCUCUGCUCAGCUCAUUGGCCAAUGACAAAAGGCGGAUUUCCUUCGUUCUGCAACUGUGAACCAGGCAAGCCACUGCAUGACAUUGCGAAAAUCGAUCAUUAAGGUAUUUCAUUAAAUGACAAAAAUUCAUAUUAAGGUUAAUUAAAUGGAUGAAUCAGUCCAUAACAAGCUGCAGCUGCCCCACCCCAAUAAAUAAAUAAAUGACCCAUUGGUGAAGAGAAGGGAAGUAUACAGUUUGACUCAAAGUUCAAAUAAGGUCAGAAAAAGAGAAAUUUCUGUCUCAUUCAGACCACAUGAAAAUAUGUUUUGAAACCAGGAUUGUGGAACUAACAGUCAUUCUCAGAUGAACAUAUGACAGACCCCAUGAGAACCAAUUCUUUAGAGGACAAUCCUUACACAAAGGUUGUUUACCAAAGGGUUAUGAAUAAAUAAAUAACCCUUUGUAAAACUGAGCCUGGAUUUUUUUUAAUGGACUCAUAAAAUUUACCAACUAUCCUUAAGCAACCGUUAGGAAAUUGCUAGACAUGUCGUUUCCUCUGACGUUGAAACUGGAGACGUGCAUUGCUCGCGCAUCUGGCGCGUCUCAAUCGGUAUUGAUCCCCGCCGGUACAACUAGGUUUUAAUGACUUCAAAUUAGGCUUGAUGUGAAUUACUUCCAGAUGUUAUUUGACGUAUAAGGUACAACAUACCCAGCCAUAUGCUUUCAGGGAUAGAGAUAACACACGCCGGCGAUUUAUGAAGUCCGGGCAGAUGUGGGAAAUACUAUGAAGUUAGCCGUUUUAAUUUUGUAUUUGGUUUUAAAAACUCUCAGACUAAAUGCACAGAAUUAAUUAAUUUUAAAAUUGCAUUGGCCUACAACAGCGUAGAUGACAUAAUAGUGCCGUUUCAAAAAAUAUGAAUACCACUAGAAUUUUUCUAGUCACUGGUUUGUCUUUUAAAAGACUGAUGUUUGUUUUAAACAACGUUUUGUAUAGUGUUCGAGAUCAAUUAUUUCACAUUUUUAAGAGACCCUCUUAAAACUGAACUUACUUUUUGGCAGCUCAUUAAACAGGACAUGAGCACGAAAUCCUAGAACCAGGGCAAACCAAUGAUAUAGGAGUUUAGCCAACAACGGGGUGGCCAAAACGGUCAGCAUGUGCUGUUUCGCAGUUUACCUGUGAAAUUUUGCAGAAAGGCACCCCGGCCCCAUGCGGACAAGAAAUAAUUUAACAUGGUAAAAAUGAUGGGUCAGUGCCAGCUGACAUUGGCCUUGCCUCUUAAGGAAGAUCGAACUCGUACUGCAUUAUGAAACCACCACAACUCUUCACCAUUGGAACACGACAAUGUUUCCACUUUUUCUGCCCCAACCUUUAAUGUUUUCAUUUUCAAUGGCAUUUUUUUUUUACAACAGAUAUGUUCUGCGAAUGUCUCCUAGCCAAAAAUGGCCUUCUCUGAUUUUUGAAGAAUAAUUGCUUUACGAAAUUCAGUCUACUGUAUGUGACCAUGAAAGUAAUUAAUUGUUAGCAUCCGCAUUGCAUGACACAGCUGAAAAAGUGUAAUAAACCGCAUAAAACCCGAAUGUAACCGCACACACAUGUUCGGUGUCCAAUCAACCCUAACAGAGUACGAAAUAACAAUGGAAUGGACAUUUUACUGUGUAUAAAAAUGUACGUGCAGCCAGUCCGAUCAGAUUCUUUUUCUAUUGGAAGCUCACAGUUGCUGACCUGAGAAGGUGUUAAAAAGACCGGUAUGUUUAAAGGAAGGCCGGGGUCGUUAGAAUCGAAUGAGUCGCUGAUGUAUUUUUUAGAUUCUAAACUGAAACUGACAGAAUAAAGUUUCCCUUUCGUGAAACAAACAUACUACUACUGCAUCUUUGCGCUGUACUGUAACGCUGUCCUCCGCAUUGUUCAACUGACAUAAUCUGACCAUUAUAUAAGACACAUUGCGUCCUCUCCGGUCCAGGUGUCACGCGUCCAUGGAAACGGGGUUCCUUGGCAACGCAAAGCAAACACAUUGAUAAACAAAACAUCACAGUGCAAAUGCAUUUGGCCUGUCUGUCACAUCCAGUUUUUUCCCUUUUGAAAUAGCUUUUUAUUCGUGAUAAAAUGUCAACUGAAGUUUUAGUGUCAAGACCAUUUGUCGACACCAGGGCUGUAUCCCAGGAUGUGCCUGCGAGAUCACCAGACUCGAUUAUCAAAGAGAACAUGUUCCCGUCCUCCGGUUUGGCCACGGCGGGGUACCGGUCCGCUAAGUAUACGACGGAUGAGUGGGAUGCCAAAAACAACUCCACUCUCGCCCAGGCGGCAGGCGAUCGGGACAACGCGGAGAGGAUCAGAUAUGAGUCCAAAAGUCUUCACAAGGAGACCGAGACGAGGACGCUUCGGUCCCAAGCGGAGGGAACGCGGUACCUGGGAGAAAGACUUCAGGAAAUUAACUUCUGGCAGUCGGAACUGCAGCGGCACAUCGAAGAGCUAACCCGGGAAACCGAGAUGCUACUGGGGCAAAAGCGCCGACUGGAGAAGGCGCUGGAAGCCACUGAGAUCCCUUACGCCAUUGCUACUGACAACCUGACCUGCCGGGAGCGCCGACUCGGACCUGACUUGGUCAAAGACGAAGUGGAGGACCAGCUACUUAAAGAAGUGGAGCUGAUCAGGAGCAUCCAGGCGCUUCUGAAAAAAACUUUAAACGAAGCCAUCAAUCAAAUAAGGGCCAACAGGGAGGCAAAGCAGACACUGGAGCUUGACUGGUCUGACAAGUUCCAGGCCUACAGCAUGGACGUCCAGUGCGGUCGCUACAGCAACAGGAGCAUGGACAUCCAGAACCAUCCCAACUCUGCUAAAUUACAGGACCAUGUGUCGAACAGGGAGUCAUGGACGAGGUUCUCUCAGGACAACCUGUCACUGGCGGAGCGGGAGGAGCGGGCGUCGCUGGAGCUCAGGCAGCUGGCGGACGCCGUGCUGCGGGACACGGCGGAGGACCUGCGCGCCCAGUGCGCCGCCGUCGACAACGCCUUCGCCCGCCGCUGCCAGGAGCUCAACGAGGCCAAGGCCCUGCUGGAGCUGCAGCUGGCGCAGAUCCUGGAGGAGACGGGGGCCCAGGAGCGCAACGUCAGGGCUCUGCGGCAGGCCCUGCACGACAAGGAGGCCCCCAUGCGGGUGGCCGAGUCGCGCCUGUACAGCCGCGCCCAGCGGCCCAACGUGGAGCUGUGCCGCGACGGACCCCACCUCAGGCUGGUGAGUGAGGUGGGGGAGAUCUCCUACACAAUGGAGGCGCUGCAGGAGAAGCUGUCGGAGGCGCGGCGGUCUCUGGAGGACCUGGAGGAGCGGCCGGAGAGCCACUGCAAGAGCCGCCUGGAGAGUGCAUGA